AGUAUCAUUAUCAUUUUGGUGCUUUUCCGUCCAUGCCUGGUGUUGCGCCGUGUGAACAAGGAACACAACAGUAUCAACAACAAGGGACAUCAGAUGGACUGUUACAAUUUGCUAGCCUAGCCCUGCUGUUCCCAUCACGAGUAAGGACGGUUUUGGUAGUUUUAUUUAUAACUUUUGGAGGGAAUAAAAUGGCAACUUGGACGAAUGAGUUCGGAGAUGAUUACGCCACGCAUUCGGCUGUCUUUGCCAAGGAUGCUGAUGCCGAGCAUAUGGAGAUCCUUGGCGUUCCUGUUAGAAACAUUUUAAUGCCAGCAAUUGAGGCAGCACUGAAGGACAUGGGGGGAAUGAAUUUAAAUGAGGUUAAGAUACUCGAGAUUGGCUGUGGUGCAGGUAGCGUUCUUGACGCUCUUAAAGUCGAGGGAGCUAACCCAGACUUUUUAUAUGGUGUUGAUCUCAAUGCGAAGAGUGUCCAACUUGCCAAUGAAAACCAUAGUUUUAAUGUUCAACACAUUAAAGGUUAUGACUAUUCCCUCCGUGGAGACCCUGCUCUCGAUAUCAUCUUCACGGAACAGUGUUUGAAUCUUAUCCCUCCAGCUCAGUACGAUGAGUUCUUCCAAAAAAUUCGGCAGCUGAAACCAAAAUAUUUUAUAUUUCACGAGGGAAUCAAUCCCAGUGGCUUCGAGGCGACGAAGCACGGUCCGUGGACUGUGUAUAUGAAUGAUUUUCUCACAUUGUGCACUGAUCAAUUUGGCAAGCCACUGUACACUGAAGAUUUCGUGGCGAAGGAACCCGAGAUGUUUGCUCCUGCAACGCACGAUACUACUGCCCUAUUUAAACUUUAAAAGUAGUGGUGGUUUUUUUAUUAUUUAAUGAUUU